AUGCUUCUGGAUGCUGGACCGCAGUAUCCCGCUAUAGGAGUCACUACCUUCGGAUCGUCUCGCCACCACUCCACGGGCGAUGUAACGGACAGAGAAGUGGGGCUGGGGAUCAACCCCUUCGCCGACGGAAUGGGCGCCUUUAAAAUUAACCCCAGCACACACGAGCUGGCCUCUGCCGGCCAGACCGCCUUCACCUCGCAGGCACCCGGCUACGCGGCGGCGGCGCUGGGGCACCACCACCACCCGACCCAUGUCAGCUCCUACUCCAGCGCAGCCUUCAACUCCACCCGGGACUUUCUCUUCCGCAACCGGGGCUUUGGCGAGGCGGCGGCGGCCAGCGCCCAGCACAGCCUCUUCGCUUCGGCCGCGGGCAGCUUCGCCGGACCCCACGGACACACUGACGCUGCAGGACACAUACUUUUCCCGGGGCUUCACGAGCAAGCCGCGAGCCACGCUUCUCCCAACGUGGUGAACGGGCAGAUGCGCCUGGGCUUCUCCGGAGACAUGUACGGGAGGCCAGAUCAGUACGGCCAGGUCACUAGCCCCCGAUCUGAGCACUAUGCAUCCACUCAGCUCCACGGCUACGGCCAUAUGAACAUGAACAUGGCAGCCCACCAUGGGGCAGGGGCCUUCUUUCGCUACAUGAGGCAGCCCAUCAAGCAGGAACUCAUCUGUAAGUGGAUUGAGCCCGAGCAAUUGUCAAACCCCAAAAAGUCCUGCAACAAAACUUUCAGCACAAUGCACGAGCUGGUGACUCAUGUCACAGUGGAGCACGUUGGAGGACCCGAGCAGUCCAAUCACAUAUGUUUCUGGGAAGAGUGUCCAAGAGAGGGGAAACCUUUCAAAGCCAAAUAUAAACUUGUAAAUCACAUCAGAGUCCACACAGGUGAAAAACCCUUCCCCUGCCCUUUCCCAGGCUGUGGGAAAGUGUUUGCCAGAUCAGAAAAUCUCAAAAUACACAAAAGAACUCACACAGGUGAAAAACCAUUUAAGUGUGAAUUCGAGGGCUGUGACAGGCGCUUUGCAAAUAGCAGCGACCGCAAAAAGCAUAUGCAUGUGCACACUUCUGACAAACCCUAUCUCUGCAAAAUGUGCGAUAAGUCCUACACUCACCCAAGUUCCCUCAGAAAACACAUGAAGGUCCAUGAGUCAUCCUCCCAGGGGUCCCAGCCUUCUCCCGCCGCCAGCUCAGGCUAUGAAUCCUCAACGCCCCCAACAAUCGUGUCUCCAUCUACAGAAAACCAGACCACAAGCUCCUUAUCCCCCUCCUCUUCAGCAGUCCAUCACACGUCCAGCCACAGCACGCUUACAUCAAAUUUUAACGAAUGGUACGUUUAA